GCAAACAGCAGGCAACCAUACCAAGCUCAUUCACUACAUCGUCGCCAUACAGCAUCGUUCCUGACGGCGCCCUCCCAAUGUCAUAGCGCCAAUGUGCGCCGACGCCCGUCUCCGCAGACCGCCAAGCGGAGCAGUACCAUUCCCACACCACACUACCUUGCGCCGACGUAGUCAUUACCAUGGCUGCCUCCGUUCGCGUUGCCGGCCCGCCCAAUAGCAACUUCCUUGUUGGCUACCCUGGCAUUUCCGCCACUCUGCCACGAAUAGAAGGGCGUGUCGAGAUCCGGCCAGCCGCAGGCGUGUCCGCUCCCGUCAAUGUCUCGCUCGUGACCGUCUCGCUACAACGCCGGGAAAGCAUCAACCCGGCCGCAGAGAGCAUGAUACGAUCACAAUUAAGCUCAGCGCGAAAGGAGAUGGUGGACAUUGUCGGCAAAGAGAUGCUCUUAUUCCGCUGUCCGCAAGGCCGAGAAAGCGAAAGCGUACUGAUCAUGGACCUGCCGUUCGUCAUCUUCAUCCCCUUUGGACGCGGCGGAGAAGAGAUAGCGCGAAGAGUUCCUCCUGCGUCGCUACAGCUCGACAAGCGGACAGCAGAGACGUGGUACGAGAUCGUGGUCACGGUGCAGCAUUCGCAUGCCGAACAGCGCAAGUACGCCUUUCCCGUCCCCAUCUCGCGCUAUGACACCCUUAGCACGUUCGGGAUGUACAACCGCCCGGAAUCUGCAGAGCGCGUUUCCGAUCACCUCGUGAGUCUAGGCAUUACCCUACCACGAUGGAGUUACGGACCGUUAGAUCCUGUUUCGGUCUUCAUAAAGCUCUCGCCGAACCCGGAUUGGUUGAGCAAGGCGAAGAAAGUUACCAUUCAGUCCAUUACGGUGGGCAUCGAGGAGGAAGUGAUCUACAACCACGAAGGCGACGAGCCAAAGCGGAGUGUCAGAGUCUUGGCGAAGCAUAAUCAGAGCGUCGGAGUCAGGAUGCCGGAGGCUGGGUACUGUACGAAUCUGGGACUGGUCUUUCCGAGCAGAGAGUUGCGGGAUGGAGAGGGCGUACUGCCGAGAGGGAAACGCGAAUUCCCCAUGUACGCGGUCUCGGGCUUCACGACCACGGGGACGCUUUACAAGAUUGAGUACUAUCUUACGGUCAAGGCCAAAAUGUCGUCCGCACGCGACAUUAUACUCCGGCAACCCAUUGUCGUCUGUCCGUUUGACCAUGCGGGCUGCAAGGAGGAAAUGGAAGCCAUUGAGCAGGCCGCGAGAGAUGCGGCGCAUAUCAGUCAAGAUAACCCGAUGUUGCCUGCAGCGACGAUCUUGAAGGCGGGUGACCCGGCGGGACUCAGGGCGCUGGGCGUGACGGAAGUCGGGAGGUUGAAGAAACCACUGAUUGAGUGAGUGAGCGAUCAUCGCCACGCAUUACUGGAACGAUACUCGAUGCGUCAUUUAAUGAUGAUUACCUGCUUUCUGCCUGGUGCGGAGAGCUGUGCGGCAAUACGAAGGCUGCAAGCGACUUGUGAGAGGUUGACGAACGAUGAUCGA